AUGCCUGGCACGCGAGAUGUCGUGCUUUCGCCGACUUGGUUCGAGGAGGCCUUCGGCGUCCCGGAGGGAAAGUACAAAGAGAUGAGGAGCGAUUUUGAGGCGGCGGCAGGCCUUUUGAUCUGCAAGAGCACCGGGAAGAUGUUCCAGGCAGGAACCUUGAGAACGCCGACCCUCGCAGACUUAAAAGCCCAGUUGGAUGCGGCAAGACAGGAAGGUCACGGUGACUACUUCCAUGCUGGGGCUCUUAGCUUCGCGAACGUUACGAGCGAUUCCUUGAGCCUUUACCAAGAUCCCGCGAAUGCCGGCGCGGUCUUCCAGGUUUCCUCGCUCUUCAACUGCCUGGAGACUGUGGACGGCUACCACCCCGAGGAUGGGAUCACGCACUACUGCACCAAAGCAACACAAGGAGCCGCUUCCGCGAUUGCUUGCCCGGCAGCUACCUUCUUCAGGAAUUACUUCGUCCACUCCACGGGCCAAGGGGCCGGAGCACGUCCGGUGGACCUCCUUGAAGAGCUUGCCAGCCUCGUGCAGAAUGCCAAGCACGGAUACUGGACAAUGAAGAAUGGCCACUGCCUGCCCCGGGUGGACGGAAGCAUCGCAAAGUUCAGCCACCGUUUGGCCACGAACCACGACCUGGAAAACCAGGCCCGUGAGGUUGUCCAGGUGGGCGUCCACUGGGAAACCGAGGUGUGGCAGAUGAGUCAUCAGGUUUGCCAGGUUCUCUGCGGUGCCUUGCCUGUCGGCUACCUAAAGGCAGUGCGCUCCAACGAUUGGUUCGUUUUCGCCAAGGUUGUUCUCCAAGCAGCCUACGAGGCUACGCUGACAGUUGCAUCAUGCUUGGCAGCAAAGAGGGGGGCACGAGUAAAGGUUUUCUUGACAGCAAUAGGGGCCGGAUCCUUGAGCAACAGGGUUUCGUGGAUAGCCAGUGCCCUGGAGCGCUCGCUGGAGCAGUUCGCCUCGGAGCCUUUGGAUGUGGUGUUGGUGCACUUUGCAGCACCGCUGCCGGACUUCGAAGACUUGGAG